CUAUUUUCUUGGUUUCAGGCUCAUUCGCCGCUUCUUGGAUCUGGAGACAAACCUGUAAACGGCGACGACGAAUGGGAGUACGAGGAGAUCGUGCUCGAGCGCGGCGGCGCCGGCCUGGGCUUCAGCAUAGCUGGCGGCACGGACAACCCGCACAUCGGCGAUGACACCGCCAUCUACAUCACCAAGCUGAUUCCGGGCGGGGCGGCGUCGGGGGACGGCAGGCUGCGCGUCAACGACUCAAUUUUGUCGGUGAACGAUGUGCCCGUGGUGGAUGUACCGCACGCGGCGGCCGUGGAGGCCCUCAAGAGGGCCGGCAACACCGUCAAGUUGUGCGUCCGCCGCCGCCGCCAGCCUUGCAGCACCCGCCUCCUGGACAUCGAGCUGGCCAAGGGCACGAAAGGCCUCGGCUUCAGCAUCGCGGGCGGCAUCGGCAACCAGCACAUCCCCGGCGACAACGGCAUCUACGUCACCAAGGUGAUGGAGGGGGGGGCGGCGCAGGUGGACGGGCGGCUGCUUGUCGGAGACAAGCUGGUGGCCGUCAGGGAUGCCGUGAAAGGAGAGGUGAAUCUAGAAAAUGUGACACACGAGGAUGCCGUAGCGACGUUAAAAACUACGCAAGACAGGGUCGUCCUUGUCGUAGCGAAACCAGACAGUGCCUUCAAUGCCCCCGCUUCGGACACCUCCUAUUCUCCCCAAUUAUCUACAAAAGCCUCCCAUGGAUACGCGGAUUCGGUGCACUCUGUACAUUCAUCAAAUUUAGCCCUGCAUCACCCGCCAUCGACACCCAGAGCAAUA